AGAGUUCUAUGCUGCAUACUCGUUGUAAGUCUUACAGUGACUUUGGUGACAGCGUCGAUUGCGGACUGGUCCCCGUCAGUGAUGAGGAAGUUACCAGAAGACUUGAAGCUGGGAGUAGCUACUGCCUCCUUCCAGAUUGAGGGUGGAUGGAACGCUGCAGAUAAAUCGGAAAGUAUUUGGGACACCUUCUGUCGAAUCCCAGGCAAUAUCAAAGAUGGUACAGAUGGCAACGAUACAUGCAAGUCCUACGAGUUUUACCAACGAGACAUAGAAAUGCUUAAAUUCCUUGGAGUAGACUUCUACAGAUUCUCCAUAUCGUGGCCAAGAGUUUUACCAAAUGGCUUUGCAAAUAAAAUCAGUGAAGUUGGCCUCGGAUACUACAGCAGAUUGGUGGAUGAGCUAUUGGCCAAUGGCAUUGAACCAGUUGUCACUAUAUACCAUUGGGAUUUACCACAAAAUUUGCAAGACUUAGGAGGUUGGGCCAACCCUCUCAUAGCAGACUGGUUCGAAGAUUACGCUCGGGUUUUGUUUGAUGCAUUGGGCGAUCGAGUCAAGACUUGGGUGACAAUAAACGAACCAAAACAGUUCGCUAUAUACGGUUAUGGAAUGAAAUUAUGUGCACCCAACAUUGUUUCUGCUGGGAUUGGAGAUUACUUGGCAGUCAAGAAUCUACUGGUCGCACAUGCUAGAGUUUGGCAUUUGUAUGAUAUGGAGUACAGACCUAAACAGAAAGGUACUAUUGGUAUAGUAAUAGCAAGUGAUUACCGUGAAGGUGCUACGGAUUCUCCUGAAGAUAUAGAAGCAGGGAAGGUUGCUUUCGAUUUCGAAGUUGGUUUCUACAGUCACCCAAUAUUCUCCACAACUGGUGGAUUCCCUGAGAGGGUUGUGAAACGUGUCGCAGAAAGGAGUGCACAGCAAGGUUUCCCUAGAAGUCGAUUACCAGAGUUUACACCAGAAGAAAUUGAGUAUAUUAAAGGCACGAGUGAUUUCUUCGGUUUCAAUCACUAUUCCACGUUAUUUUAUUCAGCAAACUCCUAUAAACCAGGAAUGCAUGAGAUCCCUUCAUAUAACGACGAUAUUGGAGCUGUAGGGACUUACGGAACUUAUGUUCCUACUUCUGUACCUCAUACUACGAAAAUACCAUCGGGCAUAAGAAAAGCCUUGAAUUGGGUCAAGGACAGCUACAACAAUCCAGAGAUAAUGAUUUUCGAAAAUGGCUUCGGGAAUUUGGGCGGGAAUAAUGACAUUGACAGAAUUGAUUAUUACAUAGCGUAUUUGGACGCCAUAUUGGAUGCUAUAGAAGUGGACGGAUGUAAUAUCACCAGGUAUACCGCUUGGAGUCUUAUGGAUAACUUCGAAUGGAUGUCUGGAUUAAGCGUGAAGUUCGGUCUUUUCGAAGUAGACUACAACGAUGACAAAAGGACCCGUACAGCGAGAGCAUCAGCUUUAUGGUUCAAGAAUCUGAUUGCCACAAGGACCCUGAAUACUAAUUACGAACCGCAACUGCGAGAAGUUACAUUUUGA